AUGGCCAUCAUCAACACCAAGAAGUGCAAGAGCAUCAAUGCUACCACUCCGGAAGUCAAGGAGAACCCAAACAAGUACAUUCCCGAAAGCUUGUUGAUCAAGAAAGAAGCGGAUACUGAGGAUAAUCAGGAGGAGCUUGGCCGCGAAUUGCGCUACAAGCUUGAUAUCCUUGCCACGCCCGUCUUGAACUCUUCCCGCAAAUCCGACAAGCCAGGACAACGUACCUUGUCCAAGGACAAUGUCGACAGUCUUUGUGACGAGUUUGAAAAACUCAUGACCACAAAGACGACUAGCAGCAGCACCACUUCGGAAACAGAAUCCGAGUCCGAGUCAUCGGAUAUUGAGGACGAUGAAAAGGAGCCUACUUCUCAAGAACUGGAAGACACUGGUCGUGUUGAUGGCACCGCCUUCAACUAUCGCACAUUCAAGUCCUACAAGGUCAAGCGCAGUGCUCGCAUUGCGAAGAAGUACUAA